AUGGGGAAAAGAAAGAAUAACGCACAAGCAUUAGAAAAGAGAAAGAAACUCAAACAAGAGAAUGACGCCCAAUUACUGACUGGAUUAUUUUCAUCCGCCAAGAAUACUGGUGACUAUGAAGAUGAAGAGGAACCCUCUAAUGAUUGGGAAAAUGAUGAACAGGAUUAUGAAUUAAGGCCAAGAACACAUAAUGCUAAUGGUUCUGGAAAAAUGGUAGAGGGGUUGCCUAUUAAGAGAUCAGAUGGGACUAUUGAACGAGUUGUGCGUGAAGUUGUUGCUGAAGAUGAGGAAGAUGAGGAAGAUGAAGGAGAUGAGGAUGAGAAGUUAGAACAGGAGAAGAUACAAAAAGCGAAGCAAGAGGAAGAAGAGGAAUCUGAAGAUGAAGAUGCAAAUCUUUCUCCAAGAGAAAGAUUAAUCAAGAUUAAAGAAGAAAUCGCUGAAUUAGCAUCUAAAUUAAUUGAAGACCCGGAAGAAAAUAUUGCUUGUUUAACCAGAUUAAGAAAAAUGUCAGAAUCAAAAAACUUUGUUACAAGUCAAUUAGCAAUCAUGGCAUUAAUUCCAAUUUUUAAAUCAUUAGCCCCAUCAUACAAAAUUAGACCUUUGACUGAUUCCGAAAAGAGAGAAAAAGUAAGUAGAGAAGUUGCAAGAUUAAGAACUUUUGAACAAUUAUUAGUUAGUAAUUAUUGUUCAUAUAUUGAUAAUUUAGCCAAAUAUGCCAAAGUUUCAUAUUCUCAUUCUUCAAGUAAUAAGAAUAUAACUACUGAUCAAUUAAAACGUGGUGUAUUGGCCACAAAAGCAGCUACAGAAUUAUGUAUUUCAUCAUUACGUCAUUUCAAUUAUCGAGUAGAAUUAUUCACAAUUAUAAUUAGAAGAUUAAACAAAAAACCAUCAAAUCUGGAAGAUUAUGAAGUAUUUAUGAAAUGUUUAAGGGCUUUAGAAACUUUGCUUAAAGAUGAUGCUGAGAAUGGGGAUAUUACAUUUGAUGUUAUUAAAUUAAUGACCAAAUCAAUUAGAGAUAAGAAAUUUAGAGUGGAUGAAUCAGUUAUAAAUGUAUUUUUAUCACUUUCACUUUUGGAAGAUUAUGAUCCCAAUAAUAAUCGUGAUGAUUUACCUAAACCAAAAUUAAAAAAGAAGGAUCGAGUUCAUAUAUCUAAAAAACAAAGAAAAGUUCGUAAAGAAAUGAAAGAAAUUGAAGAAGAAAUGAGAAAAGCAGAACAAGCAAUCACAAUUGAACAACGAGAAAAGUUUCAAGCUCAAGUGUUAAAAAUGAUUUUGAUGUUAUAUCUUGAAAUCUUAAAAGCUGGUUCUCAUACCACUAUUGAUGGGAAUGGUAAGAAUGAUGCAAGUUUAUUAAUGGGGGCGGUAUUGGAAGGAUUAUCGAGAUUUGGACAAAUGGCUAAUCUUGAUUUAUUAGGUGAUUUCUUGGAAGUAUUAAGAGAGAUUAUGAUUGAUAUAAUAGAAGAACAUUCUUUAGGUACGGUGAAUUCUAUAAUUGAUGGAACUGAAGAUAUGGAUGAUGAUGAUAUUGGUGGUGGAAUGUAUACUGGGAAACAAUUACGUACCGUUUUGUUAUGUAUUGCUACUUCAUUUUCAUUGGUUUUAAAUCAUGGAUCAAUGGGGAAAUUACCCAUGAGUAUAGAUUUGAGUAAAUUUGUAUCUACAUUAUAUUUAAUAUUGGCUGAUUUAUCAUUAGAUCCGGAUUUAGAAUUCAGUCAUAAGACACUUAGAUUAGCUGAUCCAUUAUCAUUAGUUCAAGAAGUAGAAAAACCCGCAAUUAAUGUAUCAACCAAAGCUGAAUUAUUAUUAAGAUGUCUUGAUUUUAUAUUUUUUAGAUCAAAAAAUGGUACCGUACCAAGAGCAACAUCAUUCACCAAACGAUUAUAUUUAACAAUAUUACAAUCACCAGAAAAGACUUCCUUAGCAAUCUUAAAAUUUGUGGGGAAAUUAAUGAGUCGAUAUGAUGAUUCAUUGAAAGGAUUAUGGAAUACUGAAGAAAGAAUAAGCGGUGAAGGUUCAUAUGUCUUGGGGAUUGAACGAUUAGAUCGUGAAGUUGAAUUAGAAAGAAGUAAUAGUGGUGCUGCUACUGUUUGGGAAAAUGUUUUAUUAGAUAAACAUUAUUGUCCAAUGGUUAGAGAUGGAGCAAGAUCAUUAAUGAAGAAUAGUAAACCAUCAGGUGGGAGAUGA